GCUCUUUGUUCUCACUUUGUGUCCAAAGGCCAGAGGGUAUGCCGAGGAAGAAACAAAAAACAAGAGAGAAAAAUAACAAUGUAAAAACGACCCAUCUGAAGUUGUCGGCUCCGCGUUUCCCCUUCAGAACAACAUCGUGAAAACAUUAAAAAAGUAUAUAUAUUCACCAAAAUCUUUCCAGACCUGUAAGUACAAUUUCCAUUCUCACUCUGCACAAAUCACUGUCAAAGUUGCGAUCUUUUUUGGACAGCUGUUUGUUUGUUUAUACAUUUUGGGUUUCAAUAGCCCAUAUUUUCACCACUGAGAUUCUCGAAAUACAAUUGUACCUCGAUCGAAUAAAAAAAUGAAAAUUGAGGGGAAAAAAGUGGGGUUUCGUGAGUUCAACGGAACCUAGAUUUUUUAAUUAUUUAUUUAGUGUUCUGGUUAAAUCUGGUAUGGUGACUGCAUUGGAAAUGGAUCCCGCUUGCUCUCACUGCUGAAUUAGCUUCUCAACUCGAUGCGCUUUUAGCUCAGCCGCGAUCUGCUGAUUGAUAAGCUCUCUGCGUUCCGUCAAAAAGGGAUUUCUUUAAUUUCAAGGCUUUUUAUGCCCAUGCUCUUGUUCGACGUUUGCCCCUUCUCUCGGUUUGUAGGGUAAGGGGGGGGUACAGAUAAUGGUGUGGUCCGAAAGGAUAAGAAUGAAAUCAAAGUUGAAAUGGGCAGCACUUGGCGGGCUUGUGCUGUCAUUUGCAUCAAUAAUGGUGCAUUUGUUCCUAGCUAAGUCGAGCACUAGAUAUGCGCAGUAUGGUGUAGCCACAGCUUUCACUGAGGAUCUGAAUCCUGUUGAAAAUCCCGGCAAAAAGGGUGUUGGGUAUAAGAGAUUGUGGGGGAAGGUGAACAGUUUGGAGCCAUUGCAGCCGUAUGCAAAACCGAGAAGUGUCCUUUAUCCUGUUCCGAACGAGCAGGGAAAUGGUUUCAUUUAUGCGAAAAUUCAUGGUGGCUUUGAGAAGAUUAGGACCUCGAUCUGCGAUCUUGUUGUAGUUUCAAGGCUUCUAAAUGCCACCCUUGUUAUACCUGAGAUUCAAGAAAGCACUCAAUCAAAAGGCAUCAGCUCCAAAUUCAAGAGCUUUUCAUAUCUAUAUGAUGAGGAUAAGUUUAUAAACGCUCUAGCCACUGAUGUGAUCAUUUUGAAGAGCCUACCAUCGAGCUUGAAGGAGGGCAGAAAACGGAAACUUUAUCCAAUUUUCAGGCCUAAAAGUUCUUCGUCCCCUAAAUAUUACUUGCAUGAAAUUCUACCGAAACUUAAAACUUCUAAGGUCAUUGGGUUGGUACUUGCCGAUGGCGGAUGCUUACAGUCCAACCUUCCUACGAGCUUGGUCGAGUACCAGAGGCUUAGGUGCCGAGUUGCAUUUCAAGCAUUGCAUUUUCGUGCAGGGAUUGUCGAACUUGCACAUCAAAUGAUAGAAAAAUUACGAGGUUCUGGUCAACCAUAUCUUGCUUACCAUCCAGGGUUAAAGAGGGAUACCCUAGCAUAUCAUGGUUGUGCCGAACUUUUUCAGGAUGUACACACGGAACUUAUACAAUACCGCCGAGCACAGAUGAUCAAACAAGGACUUAUAAAAGAUGAGUUGAGUGUCGAUUCAUACACCCGAAAAGGAAAAGGUUCGUGCCCACUAAUGCCAGAAGAGGUUGGGCUACUCCUUCGAGCUAUGGGUUACCCUCCGAGAACAAGAAUAUACUUGGCGGGCUCCGAAACAUUUGGCGGCCAACGGGUUCUUAUACCAUUACGGGCCAUGUACCCCAACUCAGUGGAUCGCACGAACUUGUGCAGUAAACUGGACCGGGCCCAAAUCAUCGGCCCAGAAACCGAGCUCCCCAUGGAUACCUUUGAAUUUCCACCUACAAAGAGUGCGAAACAACUUAAAGAGGAAUGGGACAAAGCGGGCCCUCGUCCCAGGCCCCUUCCUCCGCCUCCCGACCGACCUAUUUAUCGACAUGAAAAGGAAGGUUGGUACGGGUGGAUUGCGGAAAGAGAAUCUGAACCGGACCCUACACCGAAUGAUCUAAGGGACCGGGCUCAUCGUUUGCUUUGGGAUGCGCUCGACUAUAUUGUUUCUGUGGAGGCCGAUGCGUUUUUUCCCGGUUUUGAUAACGAUGGUAGUGGAUGGCCGGAUUUUUCUGGAUUGGUGAAGGGGCAUCGGCUCUACAAGAUGGCCUCGAGUAGAACGUAUAGACCGGACAGGAAAUAUCUCACGAGGCUAAUCAACACUACAAGCGACCAUCUCUAUCACCCCCCACGAAACUGGACUCUCACUGUAAGAGAACACCUCAACAAAAGCAUAUCAGUAGAUGGAAUUCUCCAAGAAUCCCAAAGCUCCAAGCCGAAAUCUUUCCUCUCCCACCCAUUACCUGAAUGCUCAUGCACGACUGUAAAGAGUGCCGAUUUUCGAAAGGACACCAAACUCCAAACUCUGUACAGAGGACAAGACAAAUGCCCUAUAGGGUUUGAACAAAAAAGCUUAACGAGCGUUUUAUCAUCACAAGAGAGCUCUGGUGAUGGUAACGAAACAACACAAGAAGAUGAUGAAAGUGAUGCGGAUUUGCUGGAACAAGACGAUAAUAGCCAGGUCGAUACAGUGCCACCUGGCGAGCAAGAUGAGGAAAUGGACCCAAACGAUUAAGGGCUCACAAUUCUUUCUUUUUUUUUUUUUGGAGUUAUGAAUUCGAGUUCUCCAGAUGUCAGUUUUCUCAUUGCUUGCGGAAUAUGGCUUAUAGAUGAGUUGGGGCACACGAAUUUUGUUGAAAUAGCGGUUGUUAGGUGAAUAUACAACGAUGUGUGCCUGCUCGUUUGGGGUUUUUAGAGUAGGUAUAAAGUUUGCCUUUUGUCGGUUCUUUUUUGUAUUUUUCUUUUAUUUUUUGGGGGCAAAGUUACUAUGAGAACUUUUUGUUACUGCCAAAGGAUACAAUCAUAUAAAGGAUAAGAAUAUUCUAACAUAGAAUCUGUGCAUACCAAAAAACUCACGCACGUAUAUUGUUUUUUAUCGCUUUACCGGAGAUUUCGAGUUGAAUUUACAGUUCACUUGUGUGUGUUUGUUCCUACUGGCAAUAACUGCAGAUAGCUGCAUUCAUAAUUAAGCAGUAUUCUUGAUGAUG